AUGCUUCGCUUCGACGGCCAGGUAGCAAUUGUCACCGGAUCCGGUGCUGGGAUUGGUCGCUGUUAUGCGCUGCUCUUCGCCGAGCGCGGCGCCAAAGUUGUGGUGAAUGAUUUCAGCCGUGAGGCGGCAGACUCGGUUGUCAGCGAAAUAAAGGCCAAGGGCGGCGUGGCGGUUGCUAACUACAACUCGGUGACCGACGGCGAGAAAGUAGUGGCUACUGCCAUUGAAAACUUCGGUCGCGUCGACAUCCUGGUUAACAAUGCUGGUAUUCUGCGCGACGUGACCUUCGCCAAGAUGACCAAGGGCCAAUGGAACCAGGUGCUCGACGUGCACCUUCAAGGAACGUUCGCGGUGACUCACGCAGCGUGGCCCCACAUGCGCAAGCAGAAGUAUGGACGCGUGAUCCUCAUCACGUCAGUGAACGGUCUCUACGGUCAGUUCGGCCAGACUAACUACAGCUCCGUGAAGGCUGCUAUGACUGGCUUCGGCAAGUCGCUGGCCAAGGAGGGGGCUCGGUCGAACAUCAAGGUGAACAUCGUGGCCCCCGGCGCCGGCUCCAAGAUGACGGAGUCCAUUAUGCCCGCCGACCUCGUGGCGAAGUGGAAGCCUGAGUACGUGGCUCCGACGAUCGCCUUCCUGUGCCAUGAGUCUGUUCCCUGCUCGGGCAAAAUCUUCGAGAGUGGCGGCGGCUUUGUCGGCCAGGUCAAGUACGUGCGCAGCGCCGGCGUGUAUCUCGAUCUGGAGAAGGAGAUCACGCCUGAGGCUGUGCAGGCCAAAUUCUCCCAGAUCACGGACUUCAGCAACGCGACGGACCCGGACGACGACGAGGUGGCUCCCCAGCUGAAGCAGAUCCUGAACGCCAAGCUGUAA